AUGCAGCCGCGCGGUGGCGGUGACCGGGCGGCCGUGAGGAAGGGGCCGUGGACGGCGGAGGAGGACGAGGUGCUGCACCAGCACGUCCGCGAGCACGGCCCCCGCGAGUGGAGCUCCAUUCGAUCCAAAGGCCUCCUCCCCCGCACCGGCAAGUCCUGCCGCCUCCGCUGGGUCAACAAGCUCCGCCCCGACCUCAAGACGGGGUGCAAGUUCUCGUCGGAGGAGGAGCGGGUGGUGAUCGACCUGCAGGCGCAGUUCGGGAACAAGUGGGCGAGGAUCGCGACGUACCUGCCCGGCAGGACGGACAACGACGUCAAAAACUUCUGGAGCACGCGGCAGAAGCGCCUCGCCAGGAUCCUCCGGGCGCCGCUGCCCCGCAGGAGGUCAGCCUCAGCCGCCACCACCAAGCACAGCGGCAACGGCGGCGGCGGCGUAGGCGCUGCUUCGUCUUCUGCGGCGUCGAACUCUCAAGAGGCGGCAGCGGCACGCGCUUCCGAGGUGACCCUCUUCUCUUGCUUGCUUUCUCUGAAGAAAAACCGAGAUGGAUUUGUUGCUUCUGAACUGGACAGCGAUCACCCUGUUUCUGAACCUGAUUUUGUGCCUCUGUUUUUUCCUGAAAUGAUCGAACGACACCUGUUUUUGCUGAAUUGGGCGACAUGAUUACACCUGUCUCCUCGUUGUUUUGGACGACAACAGUUCGACGCCAACUCUAAUAUACAAAUUUGGGCAUUAAUUUUAGACUCACAUCUUAGUAAAAGUUGACGAAAUUACAAAUUCAGAUAGUCAUAUCUUAGUCGUCUUGUGUGCGUAGUGAUCAAAUUUUCUCCUAACAACGAGCGCAGCUACUAACUUCAUUGCUGAAACUGACACUCUUCAGGUGGCAAAAGUUUUAAGAGUUCAAAUACACACACAUCCUAAAACAACAUUUUCAAUCCAGCAUAAUGUCUAGAAGAAAUACA